GUAUAUACUAACGAAACCAAUGUCGGCUGACUGGUGGCGGCGGCUGCCAGAGCUCGUGAUCCGGCUCGAGGAAAUCUUGUUUAGGAAACACCGAAACAAGACGGAGUACUUCAAUAUGGCGAAGGGGUCAAUUCAGCCGUACUUGCACUUUGCUCUCCGGGCAUUGAAUGCUCAUCAGAACCAAAAACAGCAACAAAGACAGCAAUCGUCAGUACAGACAGCAUCUUCCCCUGGCUGUAUCACCCAAGGUGCAAGUGGAACUUCUGGAAUGUCUUAUGUAACAUACAACAUGGAUCUUUCAUCUUCAGCAGGCUUGGUUCCACAGAAUGCCACCAUGGGUACCUCGCUGCCAGGGGGAGCUCCUGAUAACCAUGUGAACACAAUGCUGACUCUCGGGAUAAACCCUACACAACAUGAUUGUUCUACAGAGUCCAACAACAACAAUGACAAGCUCGUAAGAACUCUAUGCUAUGUUUUACACAUACCAAAUGUGGUAGUUAAUGUUAGCCUAAACAUUUAUUUAACACUGCAGGCCAAGGUGGCGGAGGCACACGCGGCGCCUCUUAUAAAGGAUCUCCCAAGGGAACCGAAAUUCAGCUGCCCAGUCUGCAUGAACGAGCUGGUCGAUGCGUCAUCAACUAUCUGCGGCCACAUCUUCUGCCAGAAGUGCAUCGAGGCCUCCAUCAAGGCACAGAAGAAGUGCCCUACCUGUCGUAGGAAGCUGACCAUGAGAAGUUUCCACCGCGUCUACCUCCCGAUGAUGGACUGAACUGAUCCUGGCAUUCUGGGUG